CCCAGGAAAGAGGCGGCCUGGGGUGGGGCCAGGGCUCGCGCAAGUCUGGUCCACGCGGUGGCGCGACUCUGCGCGGCAAAGAUGGCGGCCUCCGGCUGGGCGCGCACCGCCGUGGUUUUUCUCUGUGCCUGUGAUCUGAUGCUGCUCCUGCUGUUGCCGCCGAGGGCCCUCGCCGCCGAGGGCCCGGCCGAGACACCCGGCGAGGCCACCCCACCUCCUCGGAAGAAGAAGAAGGAUAUUCGCGACUACAACGACGCCGACAUGGCUCGUCUUCUGGAACAGUGGGAGAAAGAUGACGACAUAGAAGAAGGAGACCUCCCAGAGCACAAAAGACCCUCUGCACCGAUAGACUUCUCCCAGAUAGACCCGGGCAAGCCCGAGAGCAUACUGAAGAUGACGAAGAAGGGCAAGACGCUCAUGAUGUUUGUCACCGUGUCAGGAAAGCCCACCGAGAAGGAGACGGAGGAGAUCACCAGCCUGUGGCAGGGCAGCCUUUUCAACGCCAACUAUGACGUCCAGAGGUUCAUCGUGGGGUCAGACCGUGCCAUCUUCAUGCUGCGUGAUGGGGGCUACGCAUGGGAGAUCAAGGACUUCCUGGUCAGUCAGGACAGGUGUGCUGACGUGACCCUGGAGGGCCAGGUGUACCCUGGCAAAGGGGGAGGAAGCAAAGAGAAGAUUCAAACCAAGCAAGAGAAGGGCAAGAAAAAGAAGGAGAGAGACCCGAAACCCCGGGCUUCGAAGGAAGACAAUCGGGCUGGGAGUAAGAGGGAAGAGCUGUGACGGGGCAGCCUCGCUGUGCAGAGGAGGAGGGGCAUGGGCGACCACACACUCACAGGCUUCUCGUCUCUGCUGAGAAAGGUCUGCCAUGUGGCCAGUUUCUGGUCAGCAAAAGAAUUACUGUUUAAAAGGCUUCAAGUAAGAGGACAGAGGUUUUGUAAUUAACAUGGAACACUGACAGAUUGACAUUUACCAUAAAAUCACUUUCAGUGGAAACCUGCAGGUGUGGCUUUUUCCCACUGAAACGUGGAGGCAUCUUUGACUGGACCAUGGCACCACAGCCCUGGCCCUACCUGCUUUGACCUGCAGCCUUCUGUAUUGUUUCUCUUAAACAAAAGGAUACCAGGUUCUCAUCAGACGAACUUAAGACCCUCAGAUGCGUUGAAUCAGUCUCUUGCAGACACCACGUCCAUUACUGUGAAAUUAAAAACAGGCCACAGGAGCACAACUCAGUGCUCCGACAUCUAUGUACACAGUCAGGACGCCAGGACACGUGAAUCCCAAGUCUCUGCAGAAGACACAGAACAGAAAAUCACGCAGCUUGAAAAUCCCAAGUAAUCACUUGAAAUUUAUUGGAUUUAAACCCCUCUCAUCAGUUACUGAGAACUCUUGAUAUCAGUCAGAUUUUGUGUGGUCUGUGAAUCCAGGGGUCCUGUCCAAACAGGACCUUACUUAGGAAAGUAGUGCUGGUGUCACGAGUCAUGUGCUCCAUCUAACAUGAUGAUUUUCCAGGGUGUGACUCGGGCGUUGGCCAAGCUUCUAAACCUGUUCCUUUGAUAAAGUGCCUAAACUUGUGGUGAUUUUGUAUGGUACUAAUAUGAUGUGCUACCUGUUACUGUCUGACGUUGCUGUUCCUGUGUCACAGCCUUCUCUGAGUGAGAGUUACAGAAUUUAUACCCAGCUGUCAUUUCUAAGAACUAAAAUUAUUUGUUAAAAAAAAAA